GCGGGCCGCCGAGUUCCAGCAGUCCGCGAGCUGCCGUCGGCUCGGCGCGGGGGGCGGGCCGGGCACCCCGGGCGCCGAGGUGCGCGCUCUGCUUUCCUCUCCUUUCCCCCCCCACCCCGCUCCGCACUCCGGGGCGCCUCUGCCCGUCCACGCCGCCCUCCCCCCAGCACAACUUUCGGUCCCUCCUCACCCGUUACUCGUCGUGGCCGCCCCGAGGGCUCCUCCCAGCCUUCCAGCCUGCAGCUGCGACCAGCACAGGACCCAGAAACAUGUCGACCACACUUCUGUCGGCCUUUUACGAUAUCGACUUCUUGUGCAAGACGGAGAAGUCGCUGGCCAACCUCAAUCUGAACAACAUGCUGGACAAGAAGGCGGUGGGGACGCCCGUGGCCGCUGCCCCCAGCUCGAGCUUCACGCCGGGCUUCCUCCGACGGCACUCGGCCAGCAACUUGCAUGCGCUCGCUCACCCCGCUCCCAGCCCCGGCAGCUGCUCGCCCAAGUUCCCGGGCGCCGCUAACGGCAGCAGCUGCGGCAACUCGGCGGCCAGCGGCCCGGCCUCCUACGGCCCCCUGAAGGAGCCGUCGGGGGGCGGCGGCACCGCGCUGCUCAACAAGGAAAACAAAUUCCGCGACCGCUCGUUCAGCGAGAAUGGCGAGCGCAGCCAGCACCUCCUGCACCUGCAGCAGCAGCAGCAACAGCAGCAGAAGGGGGGCGGCGGCGGCGGCUCCCAGAUCAACUCCACGCGCUACAAGACCGAGCUGUGCCGCCCCUUCGAGGAGAGCGGCACGUGCAAGUACGGCGAGAAGUGCCAGUUCGCGCACGGCUUCCACGAGCUGCGCAGCCUGACCCGGCACCCCAAGUACAAGACGGAGCUGUGCCGCACCUUCCACACCAUCGGCUUCUGCCCCUACGGGCCCCGCUGCCACUUCAUCCACAACGCGGACGAGCGGCGGCCCGCGCCGUCCGGGGGCGCGGCCGGGGACCUGCGCGCCUUCGGCGGCGCCCGCGACGCGCUGCACCUGGGCUUCCCCCGCGAGCCGCGGCCCAAGCUGCACCACAGCCUCAGCUUCUCGGGCUUCCCGACGGGCCACCACCAGCCCCCGGGCGGCCUCGAGUCGCCGCUGCUGCUCGACAGCCCCACGUCGCGCACGCCGCCGCCGCCCUCCUGCUCCUCGGCCUCGUCCUGCUCCUCGUCCGCCUCCUCCUGCUCCUCCGCCUCGGCGGCCUCCACGCCCUCGGGCGCCCCGACGUGUUGCGCCUCGGCGGCGGCGGCGGCAGCCGCGUUGCUCUACGGCUCCGGGGGCGCCGACGACCUGCUCGCGCCGGGGGCUCCGUGCGCCUCCUGCUCGGCGGCCUCGUGCGCCAACAACGCCUUCGCCUUCGGCCCGGAGCUGAGCAGCCUGAUCACGCCGCUGGCCAUCCAGACCCACGGCUUCGCCGCCGCCGCCGCCGCCGCCUACUACCGCAGCCAGCAGCCGCCGCCGCAGGGCCUGGCGCCCCCCGCGCAGCCCCCCGCGCCCGCCGGGCCCCUCCCCGCCGGCCCCGCGCCGCCCUCGCCGCCCUUCAGCUUCCAGCUGCCGCGCCGCCUGUCCGAGUCGCCCGUGUUCGACGCCCCGCCCAGCCCCCCGGACUCGCUGUCGGACCGCGACAGCUACCUGAGCGGCUCCCUGAGCUCGGGCAGCCUCAGCGGCUCCGAGUCCCCCAGCCUCGAUCCCGGCCGCCGCCUGCCCAUCUUCAGCCGCCUGUCCAUCUCCGACGACUGAGGCAAGGAGGCGCCAGAGAGGAGGAGGAGGAGGAAGGGAGAGGUCGCGGAGGGGGGGCGGUGGUUGGAGGGAGCCCCUCGCAUCCCACCCCUGCGUGGGGGGGGCACAGAAGUUGGGAUGGCCAGCCCAUGGCAGACUUGCAGAGCCCCCCCUGCCUAGCGUGUGGACUCGAACUUUGCUCUGGGAGGGGGAUGUUUUCCCUCCCCCUUCGGUUUUCUCAUUUUGUCUAUUAUUAUUUUUAUUAUUAUUAUAUUAUUAUUACGAAGUUUCUUGUUGAGCAAAAAAAAAAAAAAGCCAACGAACUUUUUGUAUUCAUGAACAAAAUACUCACAACAGAGCAGUUGUGAUGCGAAUAGAACAAAAACAACCAAACACUUAAAACUUUUUUUUAGGUCUCUGAGUUUGAGACUCUAGGAAAAGUCAGCCCAGCACCAGCAGCUACCAACCACCAUUCCAUCUCUUCACUUGAAAAGCGUUUAGUGACAGUCCAGAUGUGGGAACUUGUGAAAGAAGUUCCUAAUUGUUUGUCUCAGACCAGUGUAAACAAACCAGCCGGCCACCACCUUGCUAAACUGUAAGCUUUUAGAAUCCAAUACUCUGCCAAGAAUAUGCCUUGAUAGUAGUAGUUCUCAGACCCUUUGUUGUGUGUGGGUUUUUUUUUUCUUUUUUUAACUUUAACAAAGUUAUAUAUGUAUUGGGGGGGGAUCCUUGCAUUCCAAAGUUUGAUACUGGUUACUGGUUUUAUUGUCACCACUUGGGGUGUUUAGUUUAGAACCAUUUGUCUGCUCUCUCUGGAAGCCUUGGGCAGAGCUUAGUUUGUAAUUGUUGGGGAAUAACUGCUGAAUUUUUAGCUGUUUUGAGUUGAUUCGCACCACUGCACCACAACUCAAUAUGAAAAAAAAAACCUAUUUAACUUAUUUAUUAUCUUGUGAAAAGUAUACAUUGAAAAUUUUGUUCAUACUGUAUUUAUCAAGUAUGAUGGAAAGCAAUAGAUAUAUAUUCUUUUAUUAUGUUAAAUUAUGAUUGCCAUUAUUAAUCGGCAAAAUGUGGAGUGUAUGUUCUUUUCACAGUAAUAUAUGCCUUUUGUAACUUCACUUGGUUAUUUUAUUGUAAAUGAGUAAAAAAAUCUUAAUUUAAGAGAUUGUAUGUAAUAUUUAUUUCAUUAAUUUCUUUCCUUGUUUACGUAAAUUUCGAAAGAUUGCGUGAUUUCUUAACAGAAAUCUACCUUGAUGCUGUGGAAGUAGUUCGAGGAAUAUUUUUUAUGAGUUUUCUUAGAAUGUAUAAUGGUUGUAGCCCAUCCAGCUUAGAAAAAAAAAAAAUGACCACAUACUUUGCAGUCAGGCUCACAUGUGGCAUGCUUUUCUAACUCCAAACUAGCAAAAAAAAAAAGUGUUUCCUGAGACCACCAGUUUGAACUGUGACAUACUCUUGAGUAUAAAGACAUGUAGCAAUAAUGAGGAGGGGAAUAUCCCAGUGCCUUCAGAUGGCCCAAACUUGCCUUAAAUCCUCCUCAACCAAAUAAGUAUUGUGUGUAUUAGUGCUUGAGAGAAGCUGAAUGUAGGAUGGGUUCAACUGCACAAAAGGAAAAGAUUUUUUUUUACCACUUUUUUAUAUAGCUAUAGAGAGGCCACCUCAUAGUGCUGAGAUGAUGUAUGCAGAACAUGAAGAUGCCUUGUUUCAUGACAGAAGAUUCCAAAACUUGGACAAUUUCUUUUUUUUUUUCAGUGUAGAAAGGCAAGAAUGUCUGAAGCUUUCCUGGACAGCAGAUGAAUGAGCAGUAGCUUAGAUUUGUAGGUACAGUUGGAGCACUAUUGUGUAUGUAUUCUCUGGACUACUUUGACAGAAGUAGGUUUUUGAAUGUAACAAGAUAAGUCAACUUGAGUUGUAAUAUAUUUUGGGGAAUCAGUUCACUACAAAUUGUGACUGUAAACAUUGUACUGUAAAUGUUUUGUAGUUUUCCCCCAAUAAAAUUUUUGGGAAAAAAAAGUA